CAAAUUAGUAAUAAGAAAAUUAUAGAAGAAUUCCUUUUAAUUUCCUGGCAAUCCCCAACCGCCAAACAAAACCCUAAUCUUCUCCCACCUCAGCCACCUACCAAAUCUCUCUCUCUCUCUCUCUAUUUGUAAAACUCAUUUCUCUCAUCAAAGUUACCUUUUCUUUCCUUCACCUUUUCGGGGGACUUUUCCUUUUCUUGAUAGAGGGUUUUCAAAUCUUUUGGUUUUACAGAAUCUGGGUUUUUCAGAUAAAGCCUGAAAAACUCAUUUGAAUCAAUAAAAGUUUGUAAAUUUAAAUACCCAAUUUGACCCUUUUUUUCUGGAGGAAAUGGCUGAGGAUAAAAAUGGAGAUCGAAGUGAAGUGAGUGAUUACUCGUCGGAAGAUGAAGGGACCGAGGAUUACAGAAGAGGAGGGUACCAUGCGGUGCGUAUUGGUGACACUUUUAAGAACGGUUGUUAUGUGGUUCAAACCAAGCUUGGUUGGGGUCAUUUCUCCACCGUUUGGCUCGCUUGGGAUACUCAAAGAUCGCGGUAUGUAGCUUUGAAGAUUCAAAAGAGUGCUCAACACUACACAGAGGCAGCGAUGGAUGAGAUAAAGAUUCUCAAACAGAUAGCUGAGGGAGAUCCAGAUGAUAAAAAGUGUGUUGUGAAGCUCUUAGAUCAUUUUAAGCAUUCAGGACCUAAUGGGCAGCAUAUGUGUAUGGUUUUUGAGUACUUGGGGGAUAACCUUUUGACCCUUAUUAAGUAUAGUGAUUAUAGAGGAAUUCCUCUUCACAUGGUUAAGGAGAUUUCUCAUCACAUCCUAGUGGGUCUUGAUUAUUUGCACCGUGAACUUUCAAUCAUUCAUACUGAUUUGAAGCCAGAGAACGUGUUACUAUUGUCAAUGGUUGAUCCAUCGAGAGAUCCUACCAAAUCUGGUGCUUCUCUAGUCCUUCCAACUAGGAAGGAUAAGGUUGUCGCAGAAUCUGUCGCUUCAAAAGAAAUUAGGAGUUCAAAUGGAGAUUUGACCAGGAAUCAGAAAAAGAAGAUUCGGAAAAGGGCUAAGAAGGCGGCUCAAGGUUGUGUAGGAAGGGAAGCUUCUGAGGAGAAUGAGAUAGAUUCCAAGACUGGUGGCACGGAAGACACUAAUGCUGAUGCAAAAUCAAAUGAAGUUUGUGGUGAUGAACAGGCAAAUAGUUCUGAGGUUAAAGACGAUGCAAAGAGAGAUGGAAUUAACAAUGGUAACCAAGGAAAGGAGCGCCAUAGAAGGGGGAGCCGUGCUACAAGGAAAAAGCUAUUGGCAGAAGUUGAUCUUAGGUGUAAGUUGGUUGAUUUUGGCAAUGCUUGUUGGACAUAUAAACAAUUUACAAAUGAUAUUCAAACCAGGCAGUAUAGGUGUCCUGAGGUUAUCCUUGGAUCGAAAUACUCAACAUCGGCAGACUUAUGGUCUUUUGCUUGUAUUUGUUUUGAGCUGGCUACUGGAGAUGUUCUUUUUGAUCCUCACAGUGGUGAAAACUAUGAUCGAGAUGAGGAUCACUUGGCAUUGAUGAUGGAGCUUCUUGGAAUGAUGCCACGCAAGAUUGCAUUAGGUGGCCGCUAUUCUCGGGAUUUCUUCAACCGACAUGGAGACUUGAGGCAUAUCCGUAGGUUACGUUUUUGGCCUCUUAGUAAGGUGCUUACGGAGAAGUAUGAUUUCAGCGAGCAGGAUGCCAAUGAUAUGGCCGACUUCCUCAUCCCAAUACUUGACUUUCUCCCUGAAAAAAGACCCACAGCGGCUCAAUGCCUCACCCAUCAAUGGCUCGGUGCAGGCCCUCGAGUACUAGAGCCUUCAACAACUGCUCUUGAACAACGCACUGGUGAUGGUACGUCUGAAAAAGAAAGGAAAGAUAAGGAUGACAGAGAGGCCAUGGAGGCCGGAAUGGGGAAUAUAGCAAUAGAUGGAGGAGCUUCAAAGCCAUCGAAAGAAACACCUCCAUAGUUGAAAUAACCCUUUUCCUCAGUAUUUUUAACUGGAUGAUUUCUCAUCAAAUUCUUUCUUCCUCACUUGUAAUACUUUUGCCAAAGGCUAUUUGCAUUGUCCACUGGUGAUCCUUUACGAGUUAUAUUGCUUUUCCUCGUCUGCAUGACACCUAUACUAUUACCAUUUCAAAGGGAUCCAGGUUGGGUCCAGGGUAGGAGUUUCAGGUGUUAGCUUCAGUUUUGAAAGAACCUUUGAGAAUGUGCUUAGAUUUCUGGGUACAUGUUGAAAGCAAAGGCUUAAAAUGGUUGAUGGGGCUAAUGUUUUCCCCUCCGUGUACUAUUUAAUUGUUUCUCUAAAGGACUUAUGCAUCAAACUUCUAAGAUCAGAUAUCUUUUUUUUUGUGUGUGUGGAUGCAUUGUAUGUGUACAAUUUGAUUGGAAAUGUCUCUUGAUAUUUUUUGGUAA